AAAAAACAAUCUUGAAGUUUGGGAAUCUGCUCGUGGCUCUGCUCUCACUGUGUGAGUGUGAGCAGUCAUACGACCAAAAUAUCAAACAUGUCAGAGAAACCAGUAAGGAGCGGCUGAAUGGCUGUGAUUGGCCCUCGUGGCCCCCUGUAUACUGCAUUGCAGAGGAAGUACGAUCGAGCUAAUAUUUUGCCUGUCCUCAAAAUCAGAAGUGUGACUCAAAACGUUUCGAGAAAACGUGCGUAAUCCUGGUGCAACAGAUAGGACUGCUGGUGGUUAAGCUUUGUUUAAUAAUAAUAAUUUAUACUUUAUUAAUCCCGCGAGGGGAAAUUCUGUUUUACACUGUUUAAUGAACAUGAACACACACAUGCACAAACAGGAUGCUAUGAACAUGCAUUAAUGGAGAGGUCUCAGAGUGAGGGGGCUGCCCACAGCAAGCGCUCCAGAGCAGUUUUGGGGUUCGGUGCCUUGCUCAAGGGCACCUCAGCAGUGCUCAGGAAGUGGACUGGCACCUCUCCAGCUACUAGGCCAAUUUCUGGACUUGGUCCAUGCUGGGACUUGAACCAGUGACCCUCUGGUUCCCAAUGUGCAUAAUAAGUUGGGUUUAUUUUGGAUUUGAUAAGAUAGUAAGAAAGCAUACAGACAAAAUUAAAAUGGUCCAAGCAUUAAUCCCUGUGGGACACCUUAGCUAGAUCUCAUAUGGCAACAAUUUUUUAAACAAAUCAUUACAUUUUUUAACAAUAAUCCAAUUUACUAUUCCUUCCAACUCACGUGUUGCUUAUAUCCUUUAACUUUUGGGGGAUAAAUAUUGAUCAUUGGUGUCUUUUGGAUCACAUCCUUAUAAACAGACCUACCUCCAUCACGUGCGCUGAAACGCCAGCCUCCCUCUGUCCUCCGCUCGCUGCCUGCAUCUUUUUCCUUCCUUCCGCUUAAAGUUGCUUUCGGAGCUCACACUCUUCUUCUCUUCAUUUUUUUUUCCCCCACCUCAUUUCCGAUUGUUCCUGCUCUGGGAUAGAAAAUAAUUAUUUGUUCUUGUCGAUCAUGAAAAGGAAUUGGUCCGGAAACUUCCCCGGGGAUAAAAGCCAGUUGUUUCGUCUCCCCACCACUGCACUCAACAGGACAAACUCCGACUCGGCCCUCCACACCAGUGUCAUGAACCCUCCCACAGGAGACCCCUUCACAACCGGAGGACACACACUCACCCCCCAGAGCAACAGGCGCUCCGGUCAGAGCGACGGAGAGGGAAGAAGAAUGUUUCCGUACCCCGUCCCCCCCAUCGAAGAGAACAUGUUAGACGAGGGGAAACUUCUCAAACCUUGGGACAACAAGAAGUUGCCUCUGCUGACGUCCCGACCCAAGUCCUGUGAAGUCCCCGGCAUCAAUAUCUUCACGUCUCCGGAGCAGCCGUCCACGCCAUCUCACGGCGUCCCCUCGGCCCUCAACACCGGCGGCUCGCUCCCAGACCUCUCAAGUCUUCACUUCCCCUCCCCGCUGCCCACGCCGCUGGACCAGGACGAGCCGGGCUACCCAGGAUCCUCGUCUCUGAGCGGGGGCAGCAGCACGGGGAACCUGGCCUCCACCCUCACCCAGCUGGGCAUCAACCCCAACAACACGCAGGGAGGCAACGGCAACUUCCACCACACGCAAGGUCUCAUGGCGUCUCUACAGAGCACGCUCAGUAACCCCUCCCUGCAGUCAUCGCUAAGCAACCCCAACAUCCAGUCCUCGCUCAGCAGCCACUCCUUCUCCAACUCUUUGAGCUCUGCGUCCCUGCACUCGUCGCUCAGCAACCCCUCCCUGCAGUCCUCCUUAAGCUCCUCCCCCUCCCUGCAGUCCUCCCUCAGCAGCCAAUCGCUGCACUCCUCCCUCAGCAACUCCUCCCUUCAGUCGGUGUCCAGCAGUAACCCCAGCUACGGCAGCGGCGGCGGCGUGGGCGGCUCCGGAUCCUCCUGCUCCUCUUACUCGCCGCUGCUGAGUGGGCAGGGCCAGCCGUCGCUCAGCACGUCGCCGCGGAGACGGGCGCAGCUCUCCCCGCUCAUCCUGCCCAUGGGAGGGGAGGCUCGGAGGCAUCACUCCAAACAGUUCUCCCCCACCAUCUCCCCCACCCUGUCCUCCAUCACACAGGGUGUCCCUCUGGACACCAGCAAACUGCCUCUGGACCAGAGGCUUCCUCCGUACCCGCUCAGCCAGUCCCACCAGCACCAGCCUCACCCCGACCUGCAGGGCUCCCAGCAGGGUCAGCAGCCCCCUCAGCUGAGCCAGCACAGCCACCAGCAGCUGCUCCGCCUCCAGCAGCAGCAGCAGCAGCAGCAGAGACCCAACGCUCAGCUGCAGCAGCAGCAGUCACAGGCCAUGCAGCAGCUCCACCUGCAGAACCUCCGCAACACACACAACCAGCACAUGCAGCAGCACUUUGUAACGCAGAGGCCGAUGGGGCAGCAGGUGAACACAGCGAACGCGCAGCUCAUAAAGAAUGAGAGGGCGAUGGAUCAGUGCGUGCAGAGCCUGUCGUCCUCUCAGUGUCACGUCAAACAGGAGGCGGAGCUUCAGGCGGAGCAGCAGAGGGGCGGGGGCCUCCCUCAGCUCCAACAGAUGGCUACAGACCUCUACAACGAUGCCUUGUUCAACUCUCUGCUGGACGACCCGUACCUGAGUCUGCAGCUCACAGGCAAAUCCAACCAGCAGUUCUCUGCAGAUAACCAGGCUGAUUGUCUGUCUCUGAAUCACGUCGGCCUGGGCUGCAGCCUCACCGACAAGAACCAGUACCCCCCCAACACGCAGAGCUCCAUGGAGCUGCAGGAGCCCGGAGACCAGCAUCUCCUCAACAACCAGAACCAGAACUACGGCGGCGGGGACGGACGACACAACGUGCCCAACAUCAUCCUCACAGGGGACUCUCCUCCCGGUUUGUCUAAAGAGAUCGCCAGCGCUCUGUCUCACGUCCCCGGCUUCGAGAUGGAUCCCUUCUCCCUGGACGACCCGCUCAGGAUGGACCCGCUGGCUCUGGACAUGCUGGACGGCGACCUGAUGCUCGCCGACCCGGCCGUCGAGGACUCCUUCAGAUCCGACCGGCUGAAGUGACCCCGACGCCCCGCCCCCCGCUCUGCUCCGUGAGCUCGCUGGGAAUCGGCGACCGGGUGACCACCCAGUCAGAGGUGGUUUGGACCGGGUGACACACCACUCCCCCUUCAAAAAAAAAAAAAAAAAAAAGAAGACGUCUGCAGAGCGCGGCGUGGAGGUAACUUUUGAAUCUCUUUCUGUUGGCGCUAAACGAUCCAGAGAUUUCUGUCUUAAAGUCGGACGAUCAGGAGGAGGAGGGGGAGGAGUUUCCCGUCAAAAGCACUUAACUGAAAAACGCUCUCGCAAAGCUUGAAGUCAAGAAGACGCUUCUCUUUUCCGGCAUUAGCUUGUACGAGUCUUGUCUGCAUGUUAAUGAAAAAUGCACUCGCGUAAACGCAAACACGCAGGAGUAAAGCGCUCGUGACGUGUAAGAAACCGUCUGUUCAAAAAACAAAGAAAUGCCGCGCGGUGACCCAUGCCGCGCGGUGACCCGUGCAGACCCUCCCUCAGCUUCACAGGAAACACCACAGACGACUGGUUCAGACUCUUUCACCCCCCAAACGACCAGCAGUCAGAGGCCGCUAACCAACGCCGCCUCUGCUCUCUGCGCCACUUUGACAGGAACGUAGCCAUGAUUUAAAGGUCUAUAUAUAUAUUUUUAAAAAUGAAGUCACAGAUGUCAAUUUAACGGCCUGAAGAAAAAAAAAGGGCUGUGAGAUUCUCCUCAGAGCCAAAACCGGCUUGCACCCGUGUGCACCAAUCAGAAGAGUUCUAGUUUUAUGUCCAGAAAAGCAGGUUGAAUGUUUUUUUGAAAAUGAAGCCCCCCUCAGGAGUGACCCCCCCGACAUGCUGCUUCUUAUGAGGUCACUCUAAUGUUACUGUGUCCAUAAGAGAAGCUUUUCUUUGAGUUACCUGUGAUCACAGAGGACACUGAGAAGUCGACACUCAGAGCUUUAAGUUAAACUUCUUUAAUCUGAGAAACGUUCACAGAGAAGUUCUUCUGCAGAAACGUUAAACCGGACUCAACGUCAACUUCAUCAGAAAGUCUAUUAAAACUGGAUCCUGCUUGAAGCAUGAACACUCAAACGUUUGGGUUUCUACUUCCUGUCAUCACAGUUAUGCUGACUUUCAUUUAAACUCUUUAUAUGUGAUGUUUUGAUCCAGCAGAUGUCGCCCUUGAGCACCAGCAUGAAACCAAAACAACUCGCGCUGCAUUGUUGUGUUAGCAUGCUAAUGCUAGCGAUCUUUAUUCUGCUCGUAUCUUCACACUGCAUGUAAAUUUACCUGAAAUGAGCGUGAUCUAGAAACACAGUUAAGCAGUGAGUACAGUAUGUUAUUCUUCUUUUCUCUAGUCCCUCAAUUAAACAACUUUUAUACACGAGGGGAGGAGUCAGCCGGCCGUCCGGGCGAUGUAAACAAAGUGAAGAUAGGACUCUGAAAACUCUGAAAACAUCACAGACAGUGGGACUCGGGUGUUACACCCAUUGUAGACAGUCAUGACUCACAGAGUUAUUUUCAGAGGAUAGACUUGAUUUAUAUAUUUAAGAGUGAAACAUCACAGAUUAGGGUUAGGGUUAAGACUUUAAGGAGGCACGCAGCCACGAUUACAACCAAGCUACAUUUGGUUUAAAAGGUCACAAGAACAACCUCUCAGUCAGAGUGUCCCCUCCCAGAGACGAGUUAGAAGAAGCGUGCGUUCCUAUGUUCUGUUUCUCACUUUUGUGCAGAUUUUCUUUCAAUUCUACAUCAUGAAAAUGAAUCACUGAACUCGUAUCUCUGAGCCUCCAAAAACGACUCUGCCCUCCUCGACUAAUUAAUUCACCUGUGCAUGGUUGAUGCACCGCUCCCAAAAUAACAUCUACAAACAUCUACUGUGUCAAACCACAGAAAUGUGACUUUAAGUUCUGACAUUGUCUCAGUUUGAUCCACCAAACGAUCCUCUCAGUGACUGACUGACUCAGCUCCUUUGAUCCUGUCAUGAAAACAAUGGCCACUAGAGGCCGCCACCUGACAUAAACAUGGGUCAUUAAAGAUGCUUGCACAGGCAGAGUAUGGAGCUUUUUUGGGGAAAAAAAUCCCAGACUCAGGUGUGCAUGAAGUUUAAAUGUUCAUCACCAGAAUCACCUGAGUUCAAAUAAAGAAAACUUAAAGCGGUUCAUAUUUUCAGCUCAUGAGAAAAAGGUGUGUCAUGUGAUCACAGGUAAUCAGUCCAUGUUUUAACUUCUCCAUCACUGCCAGCUAGAAGAGUCUCUGAUAUAAAACUUCAUCAGAGAGUUUAUAUCGCCGAGCCGCAGUCUGAGGUCUGAAACACGCCGCUGCGUCCGAGGAAAUGUCGAUGAAAGAAGCUGGGAGGGAAAAAAAAGAAGCUUUUUUAAAAAAUCGUCCCAAAGAUGCAAAAAAAACGUGCAGCGCCGCGUUUCAGGUGUGUGUGUGUGUGUGUGUGUGUGUGUGUGUGUGUGUGUGUGUGUGUGUGUGUGUGUGUGUGUGUGUGUGUGUGUGUGUGUGUGUGUGUGUGUGUGUGUGUGUGUGUGUGUGUGUGUGUGUGUGUGUGUGUGUGAUGCCUUCAGAUAGAAGAAAGAAAAGUUCCAAACUUAAUUUACCGUCAAAUCUGGUGAAUAAGACGCCGUUUAAAACCAGUUUAGACAUGGGUGCACCCACUGCACGCCCUCAUGAGGUCAUAACGGUGCCUUUAAAGAAAGCGGUGGUAUACUGUGAUGUCAAUAAAGCGGUUUGAGAAAUUCGGCUGCGACUUCUUUUCCAGAUUUUACGGUAAAUAAUAAAAACAAUCGUCUGAAAGCAGGGAAAAAAAACAAUGCAGUUUUUUUGUGUGUGGCAAAUUUCCCUUUAAGCCCGGUCACUGUGAUUGACAGCCAUAAGCCCCGCCCUCCCCACCUGCACUUGCCGGAUAUUUAUUUUUAAGCCCCGCCCAGGGGUGGAGCAUAGUGGCAUAUUUUUAAGUAACAAAAAAAUAAAUCUUCUUAUUGAGAUUAUUCUGAUGAUGAAGAAGUUUAAUUUUCUAAUCCAAAGUGAUCUCAGCCUGUCUGUAAAUAAUGUCUCAGAUUAUAUCUUAAAGUAUAUAUAUUUAAAACAAGAGAAGAAGAAGAGCAGCAGCCUGUAAAUGUGUGAGCAGCUUUGAAACAUGCUGCAUGUGUCCAGUGUGUUUGGAUGAUGUUUGUCCCCCAGCCUCGAUUUAAAAAAAAAAAAAAACAUCACUCAUCACACCUUCAGGUUUUAGAGUUUGUAUUAAAAGAAGAAUGUGUCGACUUUUUCAUCCAGUAGAGGUCGCCCUUGAGCUCCAGCAUGAAACCAAAACAAACUGCUGUUAGGCCACGCCUCCUCCACCUACAACCCCCCCCUCCACUCGCCUUCCCACCAAUCAGACGGAGAUGAAUGAGGUCGAGUUCAGUAGUUUGAAAGAUGACGCUGUCCCUUUAAUUUGACAUCAUUUUAUGAAGUUACAAAAAAAUCCAAAUGUGGAGUUCAAACUUUGAGAGUUCAGGAGGGGCUCUCAGAUUUGACUGCUGCCCCCUGCAGGUCAGUCUGGGACGCUGCUGCUGCCGUAGAUAGAGAUCAACUCUGCAGGUUUUAAAUCGACUCUAAAAAACAAAAACAAAUGUUUCCUCUCCGCUCGAUCACUCGUUGUUUUUGAGCCUGUUUUAGUUUGUUGUUUCUCUGCAGCUCUGUCGGAUCGAUUAUGUUUGUUAUGAGACUUCAGAUCGCAGAGAUGAGGAGGCGGAUCAGGAUGGCGGGUUAUUUUAGUUUGAGGGUGAAGAUUGUUUUGUAGUCGGCGCUGGCAGCUGGCGAGCUCACGGUCAGAGAUUAUAAAAUAUUUGAGACGGAUUUGAAACACUUUUUGGUGAAACAGGAAGUGAUGAAACGGAGGACGGGGAAGUCGCUCUGUGCAGACAUGUUGGAUGAAAGUGUUACUGCGUUGAAGUUACCGACUGGACGGAGAACAGCGCUGUCAUGUGUUACUGUUCAGAUUUGAAUAAGGAUUGUUUUAACCCUUUAACAUGUUAGAGGACGGAUCACUUAGCGUGUGCCGCUUCGCUUGAAAACAAAAUAAAUCUUUUAAGACUUAAUUUGACGUCUUUUUAGCCCUGAAAUCUUCACGUUGAGUCAAUAAAUGGAACAAUAACUCUGAAUAAAGAGGUCACUUCAGGGUGUUUCCUCCAGAGAACUUUCCUUCUCUCAACCUUUUCUGACUGGAGUGAUAUUUAUUCAUUUGGAUGUUGAGAUUAAAUUAAAAACAUCGAGAAUGAUGUCAAAAUGUUACAAAAAGGGAAACAUAAAUAAAUCAGGUGGAUACAGAAGCCCUGAGCGGACAUUCUCCCCGUGGUUAUGACUUCAUGAGGACGUUUUGUCGACUUAAUUAUCUCGUUAUCUCGGGACAACAACACUCGUUUUCCCGUCAUUCAAUUUCUUGAGAUCUCAACAAAACUGAAAUUCUCUUUUAUCAUGGAACAUCUGAGUUAAAUAAAAAUGUCCACUUAGGGCUUCCGUAGUCAAAACUGUAUGUAACAAUAUGAUCUUUCUGUUAGAAUUAAAGGAGCAGUAUGUAACUCUGCCCCCUAGUGGUUAAAACAGGUACUGCAGUCUAAAUUCUAAACAUCAUAGAGAGCUGUCUCCCCCCCCCCCCCUCUCUAGAGUCCAUGCUCACUCAGGUCACCAUGUGGUGGACUCUGAAGCUUCAGUGUUUAUCCAGCUCUGCAUGGGUCUGUAAACCUUUCUGUGUUCUAACCUCUCUCCAUUUUUCAAAAGCAUCUCCAAUAUUGAUCCUAGUUUGAGCACGUUUCUGCUCGUGGAGCUUAUUAGAAACAUGCAGAGGCUUUUUAGGUCGGGUACAAUCACUUCUAUCUGAACCACUUCUCUUGCCCACUUCCAUCGCUGCAACACCUGUUGACCUGAUAACUGCUCUCAUAUCUGACAAACCGAGGGGCGUCCAAAACGACUGUGUGGGGGUGUCGCCUUAAAACCGCCUACCUCCUCAACCUUCAACAUGUUUCUUUAAUGUCUGAUGAUAUGGACAGAUCGCUCUAAACCCGAGGUAAACCGUUACUGAUAGUUUGACUGUAUUCUCCACGUUUCCCGCCUUCAAACACGUCAACACGUUCCUCUUUACAGAAACAUUCAAGCAGAAUGACUUUACAUAUUUAUCUUUGCUUCAUUUUGUCGAUGUUUCCCGUGCAUUUCUGCGGCUCUUUGCGUCGUGAUGUCGCUCUGAAUGGUGUCUGAGUUCAGGGUUUGUUUUCCAUCAGUCGAGAUAUAUUCAUCGUUACAGAAAAGACGACUUUAAAUGAAUCAGAUCGAACAUUCAAAACAUGUUUGAUUUCAUCUGGUGUGGAUGGAAAAGGAUGGAAAUCAGUUUUUUGUCGUCUGUGUCGAGUGAAGACGUUUUAGGGACAGAGGAAUCCGGAGUUUCUGUUUUUUUUAAAGGUUGUUACAAUUUAUUAUUAUUUUUAUUAUAAGCUGAGAUUCAUUUUUAAAGCACGACUGUUUUUAUUUCUCAUCUCUCAUGCGUCAAUCAGAAGGUGGAAGAGCCUGUGUUUAAAAAACAAAACACCACAUUUUCACGCUUCUUUUUUGUCAAUGACGUCAUUGUGUGUGUGUGUGUGUGUGUGUGUGUGUGUGUGUGUGUGUGUGUGUGUGUGUGUGUGUGUGUGUGUGUGUGUGUGUGUGUGUGUGUGUGUGUGUGUGUGUGUGUGUGUGUGUGUGUGUGUGUGUGUGUGUGUGUGUGUGUGUGUGUGUGUGUGUGUGUGUGUGUGUGUGUGUGUGUGUGUGUGUGUGUGUGUGUGUGUGUGUGUGUGUAGCAUCUUGCCGUUGUUAUGCAAUAACCUUGAUGUGAGUUAACAUGCAGUUACAGACUCUGCCAGUAGGGGGAGCUGUUGACCAGCGAGGUAGAGAGAGAGAGAGUGUGUGUGCAGACUAGGGAUCAGUUAAAGGCCAUAUUUCAUAUUUUUUCAUAUUUUGUAUUGUUGUAUGAUAUUAAUUUGCUCUCAUUAUUAUUAAUGUUAUUUGUUAGUUUUCAUGUUUUUAGG